AUGGGCAGUUCUGAGAACACGCAACAAGGCCAGGACCCAACAGAGAGCUUUGUGGCUUCCCAGCCAGUCAGUCCUGGCGCCGGCCUCGCAUCCUCUGUCAAAGUUCAUACAGAUAUUGUCAGGGGUGAGCUCGAAACUCUGCCCAGCUCCGGCAAUUGUAUGUUCUUCUUUGUUGUCUAUCUCGCCCCAGGCAAUUAUCAUUGCUUCCAUUCUCCCGCCGACUGGAAGGUUGAACGUUGUUGUCAUUUUGCUGGUUUAUUCACUCCUUGGCUCCAUUUAUCUUUAAAAAAUGGGAUGACUAUAGGAGAACUGUUUUCAGUCUCACCGUGGAUGGGGGGAGAGCUAGCAGAUCUGUUUGUACUGAACAAAAGAGUGGCCCUAUUGGGACAAUGGCGGCACGGGUUUUUCUCGAUGACGCCUGUAGGCGCAAAAAAUGUGGGCUCAAUCCUGAUCAACCUCAAUCAAGAGUUGCGGACAAACUGGGUGGAUAAACAAUGUCAUGAGUAG